AUGUUCUCCCGUAUUGAUCAUGAAUCUGACUCUGAGGCUAUCAGUUUAACUAGAACAAGUGUGCCGACAAGUCCGGAGCAAAGUCUAGAUGGACUCGACGAUGAACUCGACGUUGUGUCGAGUAGUACAAGAACCACUGUCGGGGAUGAUAGUGACCCAGAUACCCUAGUUGGCCCAAGCCAGAUCCGGAGUAUCUGCUGCGUUGGCGCAGGCUAUGUCGGUGGCCCAACUGCUGCUGUCAUUGCAUUCAAGAACCCGCAGAUCCGGGUCACCGUUGUGGACAAAGAUGAGCGGCGCAUUCGAAGGUGGAACUCCCGACAUCUACCCAUCUACGAGCCAGGGCUUGCUGAAAUCGUGCGGAUUGCACGGGAUGGACUUCGGGAUCAUCCCACCUCUCCUGUGCCAACAAACUCAGAGGGAAUUCCAGACAUAUCUGAAGGGCACGAGAGACAACAAGAGGGAACAACUACAUCCUCUCGCUUGCCGAACUUAUUUUUCUCCGCGAACGUUUCAAGAUGUAUUCGAGAGUCAGAUAUUGUCAUAAUUGCUGUCAACACUCCCACAAAGAUGCGAGGAUCAGGUGCAGGCAGUGCAACAGACAUGACAGCUUUUGAAGCUGUCGCUGCAGAUGUUGUGCAGCAUGCAAGGAAUGGAUCUAUUAUCGUGGAGAAGUCCACAGUGCCAUGCAAAACAGCCCAAAUGAUCCAGGAGAUGAUUGCCAUACGUCGUCCCGGCGAGCACUUUGAAAUUUUGUCCAACCCUGAGUUCCUCGCAGCUGGGACUGCAAUUCAAGACCUGUUACACCCGGACCGAGUUAUCAUAGGCUCUGAAACGACAGAAGAAGGAAAGGUUGCAGCAAAGACACUAGCUGGAGUCUAUGCUGGCUGGAUUGACCAGUCCCGCAUAAUCACUACCAACAUCUGGUCAUCGGAGUUGGCAAAGCUCGUGGCCAAUUCUAUGCUAGCCCAACGACUUAGCAGCAUAAACAGCAUUUCAGCACUCUGCGAGGCCACAGGGGCUGAGAUUAACGAGGUCUCGGCGUCAAUUGGAAUGGACAGCCGAGUCGGUGAUAAAUUCCUCCGCGCAGGUAUUGGGUUUGGAGGUAGCUGUUUCAAGAAGGAUAUCCUCAGUCUUGUCUAUCUUGCUGAAUCCCUAGGCCUCAAUGAGGUCGGGGCUUACUGGCGCCAGGUGGUGACCAUGAAUGAACACCAGCGCAACCGAUUUACCAGUCGUGUCAUCAAGUGUCUGAACAAUACUCUGGUUGGGAAGAAGAUUACUCUUCUGGGAUAUGCUUUCAAGAAGGACACAUCGGAUACCCGUGAAGCACCCGCCCUUGAGAUAAUCAAGACAUUGCUUGAUGAAAAUCCCGGGGAAAUCGCAAUAUUUGACCCUUGCUGCAAUCCAUAUGUCAUCGAGGGCGAGAUCCGCCAGCUUCAUGGAUACGGACCUCCGGCUCUCAGAGAUGAUGGCGGCGCAGUGAAAGUGUAUUCAGAUGUCUAUGAAGCCUGCGCUUCAUCCAAUGCGAUACUCAUUGUCACCGAGUUUGAUGAAUUCCGAAAUACUGAAUUGGUUGCCGUUCCUCGUUCUUCAACCUUGCCAGGACAUCUACCCUUGGACAAGGGUAUGCACGAAUCCUCAAAGAUAGAAGCCUGUUCUAGAACAGGUAGUGUGAUUGAACCGCCAUAUGUCGCACACACUCAAGAGAGUUAUCACGUUGAGCCAGAUUGUGCCAUGGAUUGCCCAGACUGCCAGAGAGAAAAUGGCAGUGAGCUCGCUGUGAGCAAGCCCAGGGAUAACAUGUCUAAGAGACAGGUGGACUGGGAAAGAAUUGGGGAUAACAUGACAACGCCGAAAUGGUUAUUCGAUGGACGGUGUAUCAUCGAACCCAAGAAGAUGACACAGUUAGGUAUUCGAGUGGAGAGCAUUGGCUCCGCUGGCUUUUAG